AUGACAAUUUCUAUCUAUGAUUUAAUUGAGGAUUCUCCCCCUGGAGAAGUAAAUGAUGUUUUUAAUGAUAUUCGUAUUCUUGUCAAUAAUGACAAGAGCUUUUUUGAAGAAAUUGUGCCUUGUCUUGCAAGAUAUAAUAAAGAACAAUUUACAAAUAUUAGGAUUCCUGGUUCUGAGAAUGAAACAAUUAUUAGUCAAUAUAAUUGUGAGGAUGGACGUUUUUUUGAUCCUAUUUCAAAGAAAUCAUUUCUAUUUGACCACUUGAAUCUUCAAGUGUCGGAUAUUCAACCUUAUGAAAUAGAUGAAAAAAUAUCUGAAAAAAUAAAUGAUCUUUUAAAGCCUUUGUUAAUUUAUUUAUCAGAACAUUUUCCAUCUUCAGUAAAUUAUGGAAUCUUUCCAGGAAAAAAUGACACAUAUUAUAUUCUUAUUGUUGGGAAUAAGUAUAAUCCUGUUAAUUUCUGGAAUGGACGCUGGCGUUCUUUUUACCAGUUUUCAGAAUCAUCGCUUGUCAUUACAGCAACAUUGCUUAUUGACGUUCAUUAUUAUGAGGACGGGAAUGUUCGCCUAACAACAAAUCAUAAUUUUUCUUUUGAAGCUAAAAGUGCUAACAGUUCAGAUAUUAUAGCAGCUAUUGCAGAGGAAGAAAAGAAAUAUCAGGAAGAAUUGAAUAUGACGUUUCACGGUUUAAAUGAUCAUGACUUCAAAAGUCUUAGGCGUCAGCUGCCAAUGACUAAACAAAAAAUUAAUUGGGAAAACAUAAGUAGUUUAAAAAUCGGGAAAGACAUGGCCGGAAGAAAUCAAACAUAUUGA